UCUCUGCGAGUGUUGCAGUCCUCGAAAGACGUGCAGUGCAGGACUACCUUGGAACACUGGCACUUUCCAUAACUGGAAUAUUCACUGCUAAAAAUGUAGGUCAUGUUUGAAAGCUUUUACACGUAAUUUGAGGAUUAAUUCAUUAGGUUACCGGACGCUAUAGCACUUCUAACUUAUCCGACAGAUAUGGUUGGGAAUAAGAAUUACCCGAUGGGGAUUAUUCACACUUGGUUGGCACUGCUGGUACAUGCCCAAUGCUGCAUGGCUUUCUCUGUUGCUGGGCAUGAGAAUACAUGCGAGGCGAACGGGAGCGUUUACUACGUGGGGGAAUGGUACUUCUUGGACUCAGAUCACUGCACCCAGUGUGAAUGCACGGCAGAAGGUUCGGCUUGUGCUAGAACCGAGUGCACGUCCCUACCUUCAGCCUGCAUCCAUGUGAGCCACUACCCCACUGACUGUUGCCCAAGGUGCGAGAAGAUCGGCUGCGAGUACCGUGGGGAGGUGUACGACUUGGGUCAACAGUUCCAGCCCUCGGAGUGUGAGCAGUGCACGUGUGAGGACGAUGGCAUCGCGCGGUGCCUGGUGGCGGACUGUGCGCCCCCACCCUGCGUCAACCCUGUUUAUCAGAAGGGGAAGUGUUGCCCUGAGUGUAAGGAUGGCCCAAACUGCUACGUGGAUUCCUCUAGGACCCAGGUGAUCCCUGGGGGCGAACCAGUGUGGGUGAACUCCUGCACCAAGUGUCGAUGCCACGAUGGCCAGGAUGCUGGGUACUGGGAGGGCAACAGGCUGGCCACCUGUACCCGUGUGAAGAACUGCCAAACAGAGGAGGCCUGAAAAUGACGAGAGACCGAUGAAUUACAUCGCGGAAGUUUUCCUCUGCUGAAACGAGGCUCACCUGAAGAGCUUGUAGCGUACAGUAUGUGUGUAGCACUAAUUCCAUCCUAAACACAUACAUGUAUUUCGAGCUUGGUUAUGGUGGUAGUAGUGCUCAUUAUUAUUGCUUAGGUGCACUGUGUAUAUUCUUCUCAAACUAAUUGAAAACAAUAGCCUUGUUCAUUAGAACAUAUACCAAAGAGAUGUUUUCAACUCAAUUAGGCAUACAUAAUAAAUGCACCCAAAGACAUUAAGACAUGUGCACACAACUGCAAACUCCCUGCCAUGUAGGUAGAAUUAUGUACUGUAGUUCCAUAUUAUGUUUACUUUAUACACAUUUACAUGUACAAAUAUAUAUGCUGGUUUUGUGCGUAAUUCAUCAUAUAAUUUGAGGUAUACAACAUCUUGAGCUGGAUAAACUGCUGUAUAUUCCCAUAGAUUUCUUUCAAGUAAUGUGUAAAUCAUGUGGAACGUGAUAAAUGACUUUACUAUAGUAGUGUGUAAGUAGUGUAUUGUGGAAAGCUGACAACAUUUUUUGAAUGACAAAUAGGUUGACUAUUAGGCGAGGUAAGGCAUGCAUACAGUACGUACAUACAGUAUCUUUUUAGAUUUGUAGAACUGAAUUGAUACCUUUCUACUAAAUCCUCUGAUGUGAUCCAUUUAGAUGAAGUGGUGGAUUUUAUUAAAAGGUUGCUGUGUUUGACAGGGAUACGUAAUAAAAGUAUUCCAAAUGGUA